CUACUGGGCGGAGGAUACCAUGGUACUCAGAUGUUAGGGGUGGGAUUUACAGGGUUUACUACUUGCCUGCAGUUUGCCGGUGUGAAAGGAGGGUGGAGGUUUGAUACGUGCACCCUACAUUCCGGCGGUACUGGAUUUCGGGGAACCAAAGACUGUCAGGAGUAGUCCUCCGUUUUCUUAGGCCCUUAAUUGAGGUGUUAGCCUUAUAUUUUCCAUCUCAUUCAGCAGUCUCCCUUAACAGCAAUAAAGAUACAAUCAUGAGUGUGGGCUUCAUAGGAGCUGGCCAGCUGACCUACGCCCUAGUGAGGGGCUUUACUGUGGCAGGUGUACUGGCUGCUCACAAGAUCACUGCAAGCUCUCCUGACACUGAUCUGCCAACUGUAGCAGGGUUAAGGAAACUUGGCAUAAAUUUUACUACCAGUAACAAAGACACUGUGAAGAGUAGCGAUGUCCUGUUCCUUGCUGUGAAACCCCCUAUAAUCCCAUUUGUGUUGGAUGAGAUUGGAUCUGAUAUCGAGGACCGCCAUGUAGUUGUGUCUUGUGCUGCUGGUGUCACCAUAAGUUCUAUUGAGAAGAAACUGGGAUUUUUUCAUCCAGCUCCCAAGGUGAUUCGUUGCAUGACAAACACUCCAGUUGUAGUUAGAGAAGGAGCUACAGUCUAUGCCCCAGGGACACACGCAGAUGUGGAGGAUGGGGAGCUUUUGGAACAGCUCAUGCAGAGUGUAGGCUUCUGCACUGAGGUGGAAGAGGAUCUAAUAGAUGCAGUGACCGGCUUGAGUGGCAGCGGACCUGCUUAUGCAUUUACAGCCUUAGAUGCACUUGCAGAUGGAGGGGUAAAGAUGGGACUUCCAAGACGCCUUGCAGUCCGUCUUGGAGCUCAGGCUAUGUUGGGCAACAUUUGGAUUUGAGAAAGAGCAUCUACUCAACCAGAAUCAGGUGCCAAGUUCUAUCUGGACUGAAGCCAGCAGCCCAGAGAUUGAUGAGAUAAUGAUAGGGUAUCACGGUUUUCUUAGGGUUCAUAAACCAUUCAGGAGGACUUGCAGACACUGGAAUGGUGCAUUAUUAAUUGCAGAGGCAUAAAGUUAUCUGAUGUCUCUGUUGUAUUUCAGUUCCUACAAUAGGAAUUUUACAAAGCUCUGGCUCCAAACACUUUAAAGGUCCAUGUAUUGGCUCUCCCUUUUUUUACCUAGGGUAAAUUAUUUUUUUGUAUGCCUUAACUCGAAGAUCAUAUUACCAGAUCCUAAGAAUGAGGAAAAAAUUCAUGCUUGCUGUCUGUAGAUGUCCCCGUAUUUACACUGAGAGGAUAAAAGAUUUUAGAAGGUCAGAACACCAAUUUUUAUUUUUUGGCAGAAAACUUGGAUGAGGUGUUUUGUUUUUGUUUUUUGAAAGGUAUCUUUUAUUGAUUUGUAACAAUAAACAACGAUUAACACAAAAACAACAUUGUUUGGUGUUCUUUACAGUGCACAUAAAUGUAGACAGCAGAGUAGCAUAUUAGAAUAGCAUUAUUCAGUGUCAAAAUAUUUGUAUCAGGGAGUUUACAAGUCUACAUAAUUUAAAUCACACCAGGCCCCCCCAAACCUUCUCAAACUCAUCUGUUGCCCCUCUGGUUUCAUAAGUUCGUUUAAUCAGUGGGAGAGCACCAUCGACUAGUCUUUUCCAAAAUGAUACAUUUGGGAGGGUUUGGCCCAUCCAAUGCAUGAUGAUAGUUUGUGGCAUAAAACAUGAGGGGAAGUGCUUUUAAAGGAUCAAUUUCAAGGUGGCUUAAAGAGCUUAUUGAAUAUUACAAACUAGAAGAUUGACAGACUUCUUUAGAAUUUAAGUCUCACUACACUAGACGUGUUGCUACUGCUUAGGAUGAGCUUCAGUAUCACAAGAUGAAAUUUGCAGAGCUGCUACAUUGUGUAAUAUCCAUACCUUCACUUGCAAAGUUUUAUCGACUGGCUUUGUCAGCCUCACGGGAAGCAGCAUUUGGCACUGCAAGAACUUGAAUCAGUCUUCCAGUAUUAAAUUAUAGCUUCACUCUGCUGUGAUGUCUGGUUAAAAAAAAUCUUAGCAUGUACUGCCUGGGGAUAUAAUGGAAACAGAAAAUGUAUUACUUCAAAAUGUCCUUCAAUCUUAAGACAUCACAUUAUUUCCUUACCAAAUAAAACUUAUUGCAUUGAUACUGGGUCAGGGGGGUGGCAAUUCAACUUUUAAAGGUAGUUUUAACUAAUUAUUCUACUUUCCAAUCCAACCAGCAGAAUGUGCCUUUAACUAAGCAUGUGCCACCUUUAGAAUUUUUAGGAAAAGAAAAUUGCCAAUAGUAAGUAAUAUAUUUUAUUUCUCUCCCCUCCCCUACUU